AUGUCUCGCACAGAUUUGAAUGAGGGCUUUGCCAAUCCGGACACAGAAUCAGUGCGAUCGUUCGCGACGACCCAACCGGACGACUAUCACGACUGGAUUUCUGAAUCGGGCCGAACAUCGCGAACUGACCAAGUCCUCGAUGAUUUCCCUCACCCACCCAGCCGGGCUAACAACCUCGAUGCGAUCGAGGAGGAAGGGGGUUAUCCCACUCCCCGGGCCUCCGUGAAAAACAUGCGUCGCAAUGUCACCACCAACGAGCUGCCUCUGCUCCAGGAGAUGAACCCGUACGAGAAUGCGGAGGAAUUUCACCCUAUGAAUGAGAAUGAACAGGGCGUGUCUUAUGACUUGAUCGCGCCGUUCGAUGGUGUCGAGGCGCCUUUGCAUAAGCUGGAGCGCCUCUCAGAUGUGAUGUUUGGAACGGAGCAUAUGUUACAUAUCCUCACCACCCCGCGAUACCUAGCUCGGUUUCGCGAAUAUCUCUACGAAGAGAGACCUCGUUCGAUUUCUACGCUUACAUACUAUCUUAACGCUGCCAAAGCAUUGAAAGCACUUCAAUAUGCCAAUGCACUAGUGCGCUUGUCAACCGAUGUUCCGCCGCCUGCAGUCCAGGUCCUCCAAGCAGGAAAUAACCCUGUCGGAAUCACCACUAAUAAGGUACUGGAGCAAAGGGUGGAAGAUGGUCUUAGGGCGUUGACAGCGGAGGAGCUGCCCGCAUUCAUUACAUCAAGGUGCAUCACGAUUACGAGCAAGAUUGUUGAAGAACGUGUCCGUGGCACUCUGCCUUUCAAAUUUCGCGACACGUCAAAUGCGUUGGCCGAAGUCUUUUGUUUAACCGAUCCGUCUCGACCGGAUAACCCGAUCAUCUUUGCAUCUGAAGAAUUCCAUCGCACAACACAGUAUGGUAUGGAUUACGUGCUGGGACGUAACUGUCGUUUCCUUCAAGGCCCCAAGACAAACCAGAACAGUGUACGUCGAAUCCGCGAAGCCAUCAAGGAAUGUCGUCACCAUUCCGAACUGUUCCUCAACUAUCGCCGUGACGGCUCCCCCUUCAUGAACCUUCUUCAAUGUUCACCCCUAUGUGACAGCCAAGGCCGGGUUAAGUACUUUAUCGGGGCACAAAUUGAUGUAUCUGGACUGGCACUCGAUGGCGCCCAGAUGGAAUCACUGAUCGAGCUCCAAUCUCGAUACCGAGACCCCGAUGAAGAAAGCAUUGCUGAAAUGCCCGAACACAAGCAUAAGGAAGAGUUCCAAGAACUCUGCGAAUUGUUUAGCCCUCGCGAGCUGGCAUCCGUUUCAGAGAACGGAGGUGAUCUGUUCCAACCAAUGACCGCUAGAAGCAGCACUCGCAAUGGCCACCGAACCUGGCUCCAGCGCGGAAGGUCCGUGGACAGCGAAGCCGAAGCUAUUCGACUACGAGAUCUCAAGUCGCCCAUGUUACGAGGAGCUCUGGCCGGCGUCUAUGAGAACUACCUCCUCGUUCGCCCCUACCCAUCUCUCAAAAUUCUUUUCACAUCUCCAUCCCUUCAAAUCCCGGGCAUGUUGCAAUCGUCAUUCCUUUCCCGAAUUGGCAGCUCCACCUCCGUCCGAGAAGAAUUCCUCCAAGCAAUGAUGGACGGCCGCGGCGUAACAGCACGCAUAAAAUGGGUAACGCGAUUCAACACCGAAGGCCGCAACCGCUAUGUCCACUGCACACCACUGUACGCCAGUAACGGACAAGUCGGUGUGUGGAUGGUAGUAAUUGUGGAUGACGAUGAAGAACAGGUGAUCAAUUGGAGGAACUAA